CGCGCACACCCGACAGCAGUCAAUAAAUACUCAACUGACUGACUUGCUGGACGGGAGUUUUGCCAGGCUUUUUUUCAUCCGUUUCUGAAGAAGAUUCCUUCACUGGAGGGAUAACAGAAAUAGCGAAGGAGGACGGACAGCGAGGUAUUUGCAAUCAUGAUGUCCAUGAACAGCAAGCAGCCUUUCAGCAUGCAUCCGAUUCUCCACGAGCCUAAGUACACACCUCUACACUCCAGUUCAGAGGCUAUUCGGAGGGCUUGUCUGCCCACGCCUUCGCUGCAGGGAAACAUUUUCGCCGGUUUCGAUGAAAGUCUUCUGCAGAGAGCGGAGGCGCUGGCGGCGGUGGACAUCGUCACUCCAAAGGGCCACCCUUUCAAACCAGACGCCACUUACCAUACUAUGACCAGCAUGACCGGCAUGACCUGCACCCCCACCUCCUCAUCGGCUCACCUUCACCACCCGUCCGUGCUCAGCUCCCACCACCAUCACCAGCCUUCACAGGGCCUGGAGGGCGAUCUGCUGGACCACCUGACGCCGGGCAUAUCUCUGGGGGGCAUGCCCGGCUCCGACGUUUGCUCCACCGCCUCGCACCCGCACGCCCACAUGUCCGCCAUCAACCACAUGCAGCAUCACCACCCACAGACCAUGAACAUGCACCCGCACGGCCUGGGCCCGCACAACUCCCUGGGCGGCGGCGACUCCGAACCCGACCCCCGAGAGCUGGAGUCCUUCGCCGAGCGCUUCAAGCAGAGGCGCAUCAAACUUGGGGUCACGCAGGCUGACGUGGGAUCGGCGCUGGCCAAUCUCAAAAUCCCUGGAGUCGGUUGCCUCAGCCAAAGCACUAUAUGUCGGUUCGAGUCCCUGACGCUGUCGCACAACAACAUGGUGGCGCUGAAACCCAUACUCGAAGCUUGGCUGGAAGAGGCCGAGAGGGCUCAGCGGGAGAAAAUGUCCAAGCCGGAGAUUUUUAACGGUGGUGAUAAAAAGCGAAAACGCACCUCUAUCGCCGCCCCGGAGAAACGGUCCCUGGAAGCAUACUUUGCCGUGCAACCGAGACCAUCAUCGGAGAAGAUCGCCGCAAUAGCCGAGAAACUGGACCUGAAAAAAAACGUCGUGCGGGUGUGGUUUUGCAAUCAAAGGCAAAAGCAGAAAAGAAUGAAGUUUUCCGCUACGCAUUAGGGCCAAAUCAAAGACUGUAUCCAAUAUAUACACUUUAAAAGACAACACAACAGCAAAACUAAGACGGAUAACCCAGGCUUGCGAGAUGCGUUUCAUUCAUAAUAAAAUGGGAUCAACACUUGAAACCGCAACCACAGUUCAUGAGCUUGAUACUGUUGUUAUGAAACAAAAUAUGUGUUAUAACAAAGAUAAGUUAAGGAGACGACCAUCGUGCUUUCUGAAGAGUCAGAGAAGGAAAACAGCUCGACCGUGUUACUCAAAAGCAGUUAUUGUACAAAAUGCCGAAAAAAAGAAUAAUUGUUAUUCUGUCAUGUCAAAAAAAAACUUUUUUAUAUUUACUCAUGUAAAUACUUGUGAAUACAAUGCACCUACGUGUGUGAAGAACGCAACGGUUUAGUUUCUUUUUUAAAACGGUUGUUGUUUUCAGCAUAAAAUUGGGGCUUAUUAUGUUAACAUUAUGUGUUUUCAGGAGAUGCACCGCGCCAUAACGCCGUUGCAUGGUCUACCCCGUAGGGCGUAGAGCUUGAUGUAAUAGUUUUAAAACCCGUUCGAAUGCCUUGCAAUACGAACGAAAAAACACACACGCGACCGCACGUUAAAUACACGAACAUACACAGUCUGUUUCGCUGUGUCUACCUCAUUACCGUAGUUUCGCCACAUCCAUGGUCUUGGAAUUAGGAAAUCAAGUAGUUUAUUCAUUUUUUUAAAUUUCAUUUUAUACGAUCCUGUAACUCAGACAUGUAACAGUGUUGUCUCAGCAAAUUUCACUGCAAGGACGCAUUGACAAUCAAAUUACUGAAACUGCUAUGUUGUACGAAUUCCCUUACGCCCACACAAAAAUCUAUCGAAAUACAUAAUUUCCCCCACAAAUAAUAAUACUUAUUAUUAUAAUUUGAAGAGGGAGGUGUGGUAGACGACAUUUCCAACACUGACCUUGCUAUAUUGAAUUUCCCAUAUUAAAAAUUCAGUGCACUUUGUAGAUAAUCUAAAGUGAGCAACUGUUGUUUAUUUAUCGUUAUUUUUAAGCUUAUUUAUUUGAACUUAAUUUAUUCGGAAGACAACUUGUCUGAUUAAUUUGUGAAGGUGUGCUUAAAAUGUGUCUGUGUACGCGACAGAAUCUUAA